AUGUCAAAGAGACGAAAUUCUAUUGACAAAAAUGGCAAUCAGUCUGAUAGCUUAAAGGCUGAUGAUAACCAUUCCACAGACGGGGUCCAAACUGGCUCUAGUCCAGUUAAUGAAGAGCCUCAUUCACAGGAAGCCCCAAAUCCAUCCCAACCACGCCACAAAAAGGGCCUGAGCUUCUUCAAGAGUUUUUCAAAAAAGGUUUACGACCUUGGAACUAAUUCCAACACCCUAGAAUCCACAACGAUUUCUUCCAUAGAUGGAGAUUCUCAGACCUCUGAUAAUAAAUCCGAAGAUACAGAAGAAUCAGGUUCUUUAGUAAAAAGAAGUGGUACGUUUUGGAGGAGAAGGAGCGAAGAUACAGUAAAGGGGAGCGGUUCUACGCAAAAGGCUGAUAAACUAAAAGAAGAGGCUAUUGAAGUAAAGGGAAGUAUCAAAGAACAAGAGGCCGUCCACAAGGAACAGGAAAUUAUUAAUGGAGAUAGUGAAUCUCCGUUAAACAAGGUAGACGAGAAAAACGUCUGUGAGAUGGUUGCAAUUUUCAAAGAGGAUGGUGAUAUUGACAAGUUUAUAAUCAAAACUCCUGAAGAACCUCGGACAAAAAGCAAUCAUUCUGUGGUCAGUGAAGAAAGAUUUACUAGUAUAAUUAGUGAUACUAAUAGUAUAUUCUCAGAGAAGGGCAAAAAAGAGUGUAACAAGUGCCCUGCGUGUAUUGAACGUAACGAAUCCAAGGAUGUAAAAAGUUCAAUAGAAGGGAUGGAUAGUGUCGACGUCUCAAAAGUAAUUAAAAUCUAUGAAACAAUGCUAACAAAAGGAAACACUCCAACUAACUCCUCAAGGAGAUCCAGCAUUGCAAAGUCUGUCAACACAAAUUCAGGAUCUGUGAAGAGACAGGUUGGGUCAGGGAAAAUGGAAAGAGUACUCCUACCGAGUAACUCUGAUGCUUCUUCAUACUUUGAUCCUUCCUUAGGAAUAAGUUCCAGUCUAUAUCUCUCUUUUGAUCAAGGACCAUUUGCUAUCUCUCCUACGGCGUCAAUUACACAAUCCCCUCCUAUGCAUCCAUCUUCAUAUCGAAAUUUGACAAAUGAUCGAAUUGUGACAGAUAGAACAAAAGGAGAAAAUGCUAAAAGUCUAGUUAGAAAGGACUCUGGUCAUGAUGCAAAUAUCAGUGAGCUCAUGUCAACGAUCGAGGGGAAUAUUAUGAGCAAGCUAGAUAGUCAACUAAAUACAUUUUCAGAAACAAUGCAAGAUAGACUUGAUGCACGGUUCCAUGGCUAUCUUGAUAGGUUUAAUAGCGAAUAUAAUGAUGCAAAAGGAGAUGUCACGACCACGGGAAUCGCCAUUGGUGAUGUUUCUAGAGUUAUACGGGAUGACGUAUGUCAGAUAGUUAGAGAUGACGUUUGUAAAGCGGUUAGGGAUGACAUAAAUAAAGUAAUUAGGGAGAGUAUUGGUAAAGUAGUAAAAGAACUUGUCGAAGCAAAUAGUAGAGAAAUAGUAAGAAUAGUAUCAGAGAAUAUGGAAACAAAGAUGCAACAGUUUAAAAGCUUUGACACACUCUCUGAAAAGGUUAUUGGCAAUUUUGAACGCAAACUUUCUUCAACUGAUUAUGGCAGUGCGCUUGAUGGAAUGAACUCAAGGCUUUCAGAUUUAAAUGCAAGCUUAGACCUGUUAAACUCUAAAGUUGGAGCUAUUAAAAACGCAAAUGCAGAAAUUCAUGAAAAAAUGCUAACUUGUAAAACCCUUGCAUCAAGUAUGGAUGAAUGUAAAAUAAAGAUUAACGAGUGUAGGGGAUCUGUAAAUGAAUUCAAGGGGAAUGUAGACUAUUGCAAAGGUGCAAUGAGUGAUUGUAGAAAUAGAAUAAACGAUUGUAGAGACAAGAUAGAACAAAUGAAAGAGGUUAACAGGGAUAUCCAAAGGAAAAUGGUUUCACUAAAGGAUGUUUCUGGUACCUUGGAUGCAAUCAAGGAUAAAACUGCAUCAAUAAAUAUCUCUGUAAACAAUAUAAAUGGAACAAUGCGCUCACAGUCUACUGAAUCUGCACAAUUCUCUUCAAAACUAGAGGAAUUUACAUCAAAACUGGCUGAUGUACAGGCAGUUCAUGACUGUCUACUCACAUCUUUACAAUCUCUUGCUACAGCAGUGGAAGCUGGGAAAAGUGGAACACCUCCAUUGGAACAUGAUAGUGCAACUGGAAUUGGAGCCAUGGCCGAAAUAAAUGAAAAAAUUAACGCGAUGACCAAUGAUAUGACUAAGCUUGUUAACGUGGUUCAAUCUAUGAAUGAACUCAAGUCUAGCAGUAAUUAUGAAACUAGGAUAAAGGAUGAAAAGUUGACAAGUAACGAAACAACUGCAACUACUGCGGAACCAAUCGACUCACAGUUAGAAACUAAGGGAAAUACACAAACCAGAUCACAGGCUACGGAUCCAAUGCAUAAAUCAGGCGAAGAAGCGCAACAACCAUGCAACUUCAUAAACGGCCAAGCGCAUACUGCCAAGGCUGAGGUCAUUUACCCAUCUACCUUUGAAACACCUACUAUAUACACUAUUGAUCAAUCAAACACUUACGCUACAAUACAGGAACCUGUAUAUACAAUAGAACAACCAAUAUACACUACUACAACGCCUCUUGUGGAAACUGUACCCUCGGAAUAUGGGAAUGCGGAUACAAUUUCCGAGCACUCUGCAAUACAAAAUGCUAUGAACUAUCCCGUUCAAACAUUCUUGCAAUCAACUAUUCAUAAUGCAGUACCAGGAACAUACGUUGCCACAUUUGGGCAAGAUCAAAUGCUCCAUAGAACAGAUACCCAAGUAUCAUGGGUACCCCUAAAUGGAAGACUUAUAAAACAUACAAAAAAACACGUUACGCUACCAGAAAUAGCACAGGAAUAUAUAAUAACCCCUACCCCUGUAGCUUUACAACUCACAAAUCAAUUGUACACUAUACAAUGACGCUAAUCACAAUGCAAAUU